UUAUUCUAUUUUUAUGAUAUAUUGUUUUUUGCAGUCUGACAAAUUGGAACGACUGAGGGAGAGGAUGAUAAAAGUGCGGGAGCUUUUUCGUGAUACAGACUCCACAGAGUUUGUUAUAGUUACAAUUCCCACGGUAAUGGCGGUUAGUGAGUCGUCUAGGUUGCGCGCCUCCCUGCAAAAGGAGAAUGUUCCUGUUAAGAGGCUUAUUGUUAAUCAAAUUCUUCCUCCAUCUGCCUCCGACUGCAAGUUUUGUGCAAUGAAGAGAAGGGAUCAGAUGCGUGCUUUUGAAAUGAUACAAAAUGAUCCUGAACUCUCCAGCUUGACAUUGAUACAGGCACCCUUAGUUGAUGUAGAGAUCAGAGGCGUCCCAGCUCUUAAAUUUUUAGGAGACAUCAUAUGGAAAUGAGCUCUGAAUAACAAUGUCACAAAUGCACAGAGCUUCCCAAAUCUUUGUGGUAGGCUUGCAUACUCUCAGGAGGAACAGA